AUGCAAUUCCUAACCGCUACAACGUUGCUUUAUGUGCGGGUGAUAUUUCUCACCACCGUCGCCUAUCUUCUUGUCAAAAACCCCGAGACUAUUGGUACUUCUGGCUUCGUCAUUUUGUUAGGACAAGCCAUGGAAGUGCCUAUUGUAGUAGCCAAGCCCGAGAAUCCUUUAUUGGGUGCUUUGUCGGUUAUUUUUGGUUCAUUGGCCUUGUCUGACUUGAUUCCUUUAAUGGCCAACAAUCUUGAAUAUUUUGAAACGAUAGUUCCAUCCAGGUUGGCUGUAUAUUUCAUUCUCGCAGCCUAUGGGUAUCUUGUCAAGGAAUCGAUUCUCAGUAACAACUGGAUCUUCACCUAUUCGUUCAUUGAAAUCUGGUUCAACUUCUUGAUCUAUAACAACUUGAAGGAUGAGAAAUACUACAGAAUGAAGAAGUUCAUCGAGGAGAAUGGCGAAGCCAUCCAGAAGGCUCACGAUGAACAGGUGAGAGUGGUUGAACUUGAUGAUUAG